AUGACAACUUUCCGAGUGUUGUUACUUUUUACUCUCUCGUUAUGUACCAAGGGACUGUACGAAUGUUAUUUUGAUUAUGAUGAAAAAUGUCUUCCCGGUCUUCCAUCGGGUUCGUAUGUCGUACUGAAUGAAACGAGUGACGAACCACGGCUACCUGCUUCGGAUGUAACGGCGAUUGGAACGUACAAUGAUGAUGGCGAAUGUUUUUUUCCAUAUGAAUUGAAUUCCUAUCAAAUGUAUUUCUGUGCAAAGACAGAUCCGGAUUUACCAGCAACAUGUCCAAGUUUUAACUUAACAGGACCUAAGCUGAACUGCAGUGAAGGUGAAUAUGGAUAUGAAAAGUUCGAGAGCGGAGAAACCGGUUCGCGUGUGCAUCCAGUUGACAUAAGACGUCCUCUCGAGGCUGGCGAACAAUGCAUUGGGUUUUAUUAUUAUCUAUCAGACAAUAAAUCGAAUGCGAGUAUAAAUGUCAUAGUUGAAGAUACAGUAUCGAAUACCAAUACUACAAUUCUAUCGGCUUCUGAACGUCAUGAAAAUCGGUGGCAUGAGAUUCGAGGGGAUUUCUAUCUCUAUAAUGAGAAUCCAACGAUCUAUUUCGAAUUCCAACGAGGAGCUUCUCUCGAUUCGUUACCAUUCUACCUCGCAAUCGAUGAUAUAAUCAUCAAUAAUUUCGAAUGUGCACCGAUAAAUACGACUACCAUUCCAACAACGACAAUUAUCACUACGACGACCUCAACUUCUUCAACAACGACAACUACUACAACUACCCCUCUCACCACUUCUCAAACCACGACGACCACUACAGUGAGCGCUUCUACAUCCACGAAAACAACAACAACAACAGUCGGUUCAACAAGAACAACGACAUCUUCGGGAUCGACAACGACGACGACAACAACAACAACGAGUCCUCCUACAACUUCUAGGACUACUUCUACAUCCACGAUUACGACUAAUACGCCACCAUCAUCCUCAAUUCAAAUUCAAUCUAACUUUCCAAUGCUUCUCUUUUUCUUCUUAUUUUUUCUAUUAAAGAAAAUUCUAAUUCAAUAA